CAACAUGCAUUGCAGCAGGCUGACAUUAGUUUCCCUUUUUAUUUGACUUUAAAAUGACCAAAUGAGUCAAUAUUUCGUGUUUGUGUUCAAGAAUCUGCUUCUGUAAAAUAAGAGUCACGUAAUGAAAAUCUGCGGGUAGUUUAGUUUGCAGUCACACAGCUGUGUUAUUAUGGCUUCUGCAGUGAGCUCCUCUUUAAUGUCACCUGUCAGGUUUUGUUUGCAUCGCAGUUUGUGUUCAAGAGCAAGCAGGACGGUGUCUGCAAACUGUUUUGGUGAAAGGAGUUUGUGUCCAGCUCGAGCUGCAGCUUUGUGCAGACAAACAACCUCUCCCCGGUGGGAUGGCGCUCGAGGGCUUUUCUCCCGUGGCGGCGGAGGUGCGGCCGUCGAGCAGCAGACCCUGGAGAGCAUCGCCAAGAGCAUCCGAGAGCAGCGGUACAAGAGAGUCGUGGUGAUGGCCGGAGCUGGGAUCAGCACUCCCAGCGGCAUCCCAGAUUUCAGGUCUCCAGGCAGCGGUCUCUAUGACAACCUGCAGCAGUACAACCUGCCUUACGCCGAGGCCAUUUUCGAGAUCAACUUUUUCCAUCGCAACCCCGAACCCUUCUUCGCCCUGGCCAAAGAGCUUUACCCGGGAAACUACCGGCCCAACGUCACGCACUACUUCGUCCGGCUGCUCCAUGAGAAAGGUUUACUGCUCAGGAUGUACACGCAGAACAUCGACGGGCUGGAGAGACUGGCAGGCAUUCCUCCUAAGAUGCUGGUGGAGGCUCACGGUACGUUCGCCACGGCCACCUGCACCGUUUGCCGGAGGACAUAUGAAGGAGAGGAGCUACGAUCAGACGUGAUGAAGGGGACGGUGCCUAAGUGUCCGACCUGUACGGGCGUCGUAAAGCCCGACAUCGUCUUCUUCGGGGAGGAGCUGCCGCAGAACUUCUUCAAAUACCUCACAGACUUCCCGCUGGCAGACCUGCUGAUCAUCAUGGGAACUUCACUGGAGGUGGAGCCCUUCGCCAGUCUGUCGGGAGCCGUGCGCGGCUCUGUUCCUCGUCUCCUCAUCAACAGAGACCUGGUGGGUCCGUUCGCCUGGAGCAGCAGCCGACCGCACGACGUCGCUCAGCUGGGCGACGUCGUCAGCGGCGUGGAAGCGUUGGCCGACGCUCUCGGCUGGACGCAGGAGCUCAAGGCUCUGAUGGAGAACGCUUCUACAACAAAGAGUGAAGAGUGAAUCCAUCUGACUACAUCAAACUGAGCGACUAAAUCCAGUUGACUUCUUCUUUUGCACUCUGUUGUUUUCCUGAGGAUCACGAGCUUCAUAUCAAUAAAUACUGGAUGGAAAACGGUGUCUCUCAGUUAGAAAUAAGCUUAAUUUAAGAGAUAAUUACAGUAGAAUAACUUGUACAGCUGUGGACUUUUUAUAACAAAGAUGUACAAUGAGAUGUAUUUUAUUUAUUAGGGUCUGGUUUAUUGAAAUGGUGAGUAAAUAUAUUCUUCUUCAUUGUGGCCUUUGUGUGAAGAAUCUGUUAUUUUAUUCAUCUGAAAUCGUCUUCUCCGUUUUCUCCUUCUUCCUACUCUUCAUCUUCCUCUUCUUCUUCUUUGUCUUCUCCUUCUCUUCCUUCCUCUUCUUCUCCUUAACCUUCUUCUUCCUCUUCUUCUUCCUCUUCAUCUUCUUCAUCUUGUUUUUCUUCUUCUCCUUAACCUUCUUUUUCCUCUUCAUCUUCUUCUUCUUCCUCUUCUUCAUCCUCUUCAUCUUCCUCUUCUUCUUCUUUGUCUUCUUCUUCGUCUUCUCCUUCUCUUCCUUCCUCUUCUUCUUCUCCUUAACCUUCUUCCUCUUCUUCUUCCUCUUCAUCUUCUUUUUCUUCUUCUUCUCCUUCAUCUUCUUCUUCUCCUUAACCUUCUUCUUCCUCUUCUUCGUCUUCAUCUUCAUCUUCAGCUUCUUCAGCUUCUUCAGCUUCUUCAGCUUCUUUUUCUUCUUCUUCUCCUCUAUUUAUUAUUGUAUUUAAUUUUGAAAAUGUAAAGCAAACCAUCAGACUUUCAAAUAUGAAAUAAAAGUUUAAUUUUUCUUUU